UUUUCAACGCUAAUUUCUUUCAAAUUUUAUUGCACAACAGUUAGAGAAUCAUCAUCGUUUCAUUACUUUUUGUAGUAUCUAAAAGCUGCGAUAUUGACGAUAUUUUUCUCCCAUGUUUUGCUGAAUAUGUGUCAAAAUAUAUCCGAUAUAAUGAAAUCAUAGUUGCACAGGGUAUCAGGUAGUUCUAAGAAUAACUAAUUACAACACAAUAUGCGCUAAUUUCCAGUCUAGACAACAUAUGUUUUGAAGUUUUUGAAUAAAAACUCUUAAAUACUGACGUCGAAUGGAUUAUAAAAUUAUAAUUUUUGUUUCAGUGUAUUUUGUGUUGAUUACACAAAUAGUUAAUGGUGUAAUGCUUGUUUCUUUUUCUUUAUACAGGUGAAUGUCCAACGUCUAAAGCAAUAUCUUGGUAAAUUAAUUUUGUAUCCAUUGAACAAAGGCAAACCAAAGGCACAUGAGACAGCAUUGCCACAAGGAACGACAACGAUAUAUCCAACACAAAUGAAAACCAAAGUAAUGCCAGUUAAAACUAGUUAUAUACGUGAAAAACCUCGUCCAAUUGAUGAUGAUGAUAAGAAAUUUAAAGUAUUUCAAUCAUUACGUAUGGCACGCGCUGAUGCAAAACUCGUUGGAAUACGUGAAAAGAAGGCCAAACAAGCUGCCGAAGAUGAAAAGAAACCGAAAAAAGCUGGUGAAGAUGAAAAGAAAUCGAAAAAAGAAAAGUAA